AUGCCUUCUCGUUUAGCCAUCAGCACCAUGUCGCUCGGGCGAUGCUGGGCAGGCCACAGUUUUGAACACAAGAUGGACAUGGCAGCCAAGUAUGGCUACCAAGGCAUUGAGCUCUGGCACGAAGACAUGAUGGACGUGGCCGAGCAGCUGCCCGGGGGCGCCGCCCUGCUCGAGAACCAACUCGCCGCAGCCGGCAUCGUCAAGAGAAUGUGCGACGUCCGCAACAUCGAGAUCCUUUGCCUGCAGCCUUUUCAGCAUUUCGAAGGUCUCAUUGACCGUGAACAGCAUGCUCGCCGCAUCGAAGAGCUGCGUGUCUGGAUCCAACUCGCCCACGUGCUUGGCACAGACUUGAUCCAAAUCCCCAGCAACGUCUUGCCGGCGGACCAGGUUUCCGAGGAUCUUGAGCUCCACGUUGCCGACCUUGCCGAAGUUGCAGACAUUGGCGCCGCAUCCAACCCUCCCAUCCGUUUCUCAUACGAGUCCCUCUCAUGGGGGACGAGAGUCGAUGUUUGGGAGCGCUGCUGGGAGGUUAUCCAGCGGGUCGACCGGCCCAACUUUGGCAUGUGCCUCGACACCUUCAACAUCGCCGGCCGCAUCUUUGCCGACCCUACAGCGGCGUCUGGAAAGGUCCCUGAUGCCGAGCAAGCCGUCAAGGAGUCCAUCCAGCGGCUGCUCUCGACCGUUGACGUCUCCAAGAUCAUCUACGUGCAAGUCGUCGACGCAGAACGCCUGGCCGAACCCAUUUGCGAAACACACCCUUACUACAACGCCGAGCAGCCGUCGCGCAUGUCGUGGUCGAGAAACUGCCGCCUAUUCUACGGCGAAUACUCAAGAGGGGCAUACCUCCCCGUCCGGGAGAUUUGCGCCGCUAUUUUCCAAGGCCUUGGGUUCGAAGGCUGGGUCAGCUUCGAGCUUUUCAACCGGAGGAUGUCCGAGGAGGACCACGAUGUCCCCGAGGAGUUGGCAAGGAGAGGAGCCAUCGCCUGGGCCAAGCUUGUGAGGGAUAUGAAGUUGAAAGUAGACGAGCCGUCGAAGGCGGUAACAGCGUCACUAUAG